AUGGACCCCGUCAUUAUAACGCCGGACGAUGUAGCUGAGGCGGUCCGAAGGGCCCCGAACUGGAAAAGUCCGGGGCUCGACGGGCUGCAUCACUACUGGCUGAAGGGGUUCGUGGUGUGUCACUCUGUGCUCGCCCGACAAUUUCAAGAGGCUCUCGACCAAAAGUCGCUCCCGAGCCUCUUCACUACUGGGAUCACUCAUUUGGUUCCUAAAGACCGGGAUACCAUAGACCCGAGCAAAUACCGCCCCAUCACGUGUCUACCCACGAUAUAUAAGACACUAACAUCCAUUUUGAGCGCGAGAAUCACUCGUCACCUGAACUCAAAUCAGGUGAUGUCGCGCGCUCAAAAUGGAUGUCGGGGCGGUGGUCGUGGAACCAAGGAACCACUCCUCAUUGACGCGGUCAUUGGCAAAGUGGUUAAACGCAACCGUCGGAACCUAUCCGCCGCCUGGAUAGACUACAAAAAGGCAUUCGACUCGGUGCCUCUGGAGAGGGUCCUCGAGCUGUACAAGGUUGACUGUACAGUUAGAGACUUCCUUGGGCAGUGUAUGGGGCAGUGGAGUACGAUCCUUUGUCAUCUAGGCGAGCGGAUGACGGCUGCGGAGAACCACAUAAGGAUAAGAAGGGGUAUCUUCCAGGGCGAUUGUCUGAGUCCAAUCUGGUUCUGCCUCACACUGAACCCUCUCAGUACCUUACUGGAGGGCUCCGGGAGGGGAUUUCAGCUUCGGAGGGGAGGUACAAAAGUGACCCACCUUUUCUAUAUGGAUGAUCUCAAGUUAUUCGCCUCCAGUCGCUCUCAUCUUAUGGAAUUGCUAAACAUCACUUGUGAUUUUAGCAAUUCUAUUAGAAUGGAGCUGGGGACGGAUAAGUGUGCGGUCCUCCAUGUUGAAAGGGUAAGGGUUGCUAACUCUGAGGGCAUAGAUUUAUCUAUGCCCAUCAACAUAAGGACCCUUUCCGAGGCUGAAACAUACCGAUACCUGGGUAUGUCACAGAACAUCGGUGUAGAUGAGGCGGGUAUGAAACAGUCAGUUUGCGAUGUGUUUUAUGCACGCUUGACCAAAGUGCUUAACAGCCUUUUGUCCGGUGUGAAUAGGACGCACGCAUAUAACGGUUGGGUCAUGCCUGUUCUCAUGUAUACCUUUGGCAUACUUAGGUGGACUCAGACCGAACUAAACGCUCUGGACAGAAAAGUCCGCACUAUAAUGACGUCCCACAGGAUGCAUCAUCCGAGAUCGUCAGUAAUGAGGCUGUACUUGCCGCGGAAGCAUGGCGGGCGCGGCUUUUUAGCCUCCGUAAUUACUUUCUGA